UUUAUGACACAGACAGCAGCGUCGACAACACUUCCGUUAUGGAUUCUAGUGGGGGCUGAAACAGGCAUUGCGCCUUUAGUGUGUGCCGUUCACGAGCUUGUACGUUACCGUCAAGGUGGUGUGGGAUGCAAAACUCAAAUUCCUAAUUGUUGGGUGGUGUACGGUGCUAGGAAUUUUGCCGAGUUAGUGUAUCACAGAAAACUGCAAGAAGCCCUAGAAUUAAACGCCAUUUCUCGUUAUGAUGUGUCAAUUUCGCGCUCGAGCAGCGAAGGGUACCUCAAGUACGUCACGGAUGUGUUGGAUGCCCAUUCGGAGGAGCUUCGGGGAGCGCUUCUUGAGAGGGGUGCUCGUUUGUUUGCUUGUGGACCGGCGGCACUUUUGAAAUCAUUACGGCUACGGUUGGCAAAUAACAUUUUGCGCUCUAAUGAUGAUGACGAGAGUGUUCGUGAGCAACGCGUAUUGCUAUUGGAAAAAAGGGGUCAGCUUAUGUUUGACGUCUGGUCGGCGGUAAAUAUCUUCGAGUAA